AACUCUGAGAAUUCCUAAAUUAGAUUUUCAGGGGAUCUCGUGUGACAUUCAGGGAAUUUCAGUUUUCUAACACUAUGGAUUUGUCAAAACAGCUAGACUGAAUUAAGCAUCUUCUCCAGCACAUUAGCCAUUCUUUAAUCUCCUCUCUCUUUCCUUUUGCCACCUCACACUUCUUCCACAGUGCAUUGAGAAAGCCUGCUUUUGGAAGGACUUGGGCAGCGCCCGCUAUUUUACAUUUUCAUCAUUCAUCAGGCAACCAUGGCUACGGCUCACAACAUUGCCUCACACAAGUCCUAAUGACAUAAGCGCUCUUUCCUGGAUGCCGUCUCCCCGGCUCCAUCCCUGAACAGACUUACUCAAAACUCAUCUGCUAUUGUACUCUCUCACUGUGUGGCUAUGGAACCAUCAGUGUCAGCAUUAGAACCUUCUGGAAUUCUCAUCCAGAGGAGAGAGACUCUUCCAAACCUUGCCUCAGCCUCUCCAGAGCUCAGAGCUGAGGCACCUCAUAUGAAUCAUUUAUUUCGAUGGUGGCCACCAGAAACCACCUCUUGGUUUUUUCACCCCCAUAUGUUCCUUCAUAAUGCAGUGACGCUGAUAGUAUGCAUUCGUGGGUUUCUUCCAUCACUGCACAGCUAUUCAGAUUUAUAGCCCAAACCAUAGUGUUUGUGUAUAUUUUAUCCUUAAAAUCCCAAUAUCAUCCCAUUACAUAUCAAUUUGAAUCAUCAAGGAUAGAUUAUUUUAUUCUCACAGAGAGAAGAUUCCUAGAGCAAACAAUUAACAACAACAAAAAAACGGAAGUUAGUCUAACUGUUAAUUAUGUGCAACCUUCUCACUAGAUCAUUUUUACCAUUUUGUUGACAUGGCUACUUUACAUAGCCUAUAAUAUUGUUUUAGCAACAACACACACAAUACUAAUAAUUAUUAGCAUUUUUACAUUUACUGUACAUUUAUGCAAUUGCAUACUAACACUGCAUUCAGGUAUGAAUUUUAGAGAAGAUGAUGAAUACCACUGUCUGCAUGUAUGUGUAUGGAUGCUUUGAAAACAUUUGGCUAUAAUCACACCAAUAAAGAUGUAGCCUAAUAACAAUGAUGUUGAACUGAAUAAAUGAAUUAAUAAAACAUAAGCAUUUCCUUAAGCACGUUAAAAUAAGCCCAACGUACAUAUUUUGUUUUAAAAUCAAAUAAACAAUACAAACCCCCAAGUCAUACAUUUCAGCAAAGAAAUUUCAUUCGAACUGCGCAAUCAGUGCGCAGCUUUAACACACAAAAAACUUUUGUGACCGAAAACGGAAGUAGUUCAAAGAAACUCCCGCGUAGUUUUCAUUGUUUGGCUAAGCCAUGUGCGUUUGAUGGAGAUGCAGUGUUUACAACCGAAUGACUGCGAUGUCUAAACUAAAGAGGAAGAAAUCAGCGAUUGAGGAGAGUAGAUGCGAGCAGAAGACGACGAUCAAAAAGUCAAAUGGCAGUCUGAGUGCAGAACAGGACAGCAGCAGCAGCAAAACAUUUACAUGCAGGGCGAGAUGGUGGGAGAGUUCUGAAUUAAGUGAUGUGGAGAGACUCUGGGCUCUUACCUUGAGAGCUUUUUGCCCAACCCUGCAGUCUGAUCAGGAAGAAUGUAUCCCACAGCUCCCCCCACCUUCAUCCACGAAAACUCCUGUACAAAAAGUAAGUGAGUGGAGGUGGUGCAGUGCAGAUGAUGAUGUUAAUCCCCCUCCGGAUUUGCCCGCUCCGUCUUUCCUCAACAACCCACCACCAGUGAAUGAGGUCAAGAACCCUUUACAACCUCCAGCUGCAAUGAACAUGGGAGAAUGUAGUCCACCAGCCAUCGCUAAUCAAGAGAAUCAUGCAUCUUCACCUGAUCAGGAGAGUGUGUCGGUAUGUGACGUACAAACCGCUCAGCAGCGCCACCUAGAAGACAAAGUCAAUUGCAUUGAGGAUCGUGAAUUGUCAGAUAAACAGGGUGACAAAUUUGACCAAGUGGGGAAAGUCUCUAAAACGCAAGAAGUCACAAGAGAAUCUGGAGCAGGAUUGGAUGUGGAAUCUGGAGCAGGGAAGGGGGCAAAAACAGGUGCAGGAGGAUCUGGAUCAUGGUUAAGAACAAUGUCUGAAGCAGAAGGAUUGGUAUCAGGCAUGGGAACAAAACAAGGAGCAGGUGGAUCUGGAUCAGGGCAGAAAGCAAAAUCUGGAGCAAGUCAGCGAGCAAAAUCGGGAGUAAGAGGAUCUGGAUUGGUGCAGGGAUCAAAAUCUGGAGUGGGAUUGGAUGCAGAAUCUGGACCAGGGAAGGGGGUAAAAACAGGUGCAGGAGGAUCUGGAUCAUGGUUAAGAACAAUGUCUGAAGCAGAAGGAUUGGUAUCAGGCAUGGGAACAAAACAAGGAGCAGGUGGAUCUGGAUCAGGGCAGAAAGCAAAAUCUGGAGCAAGUCAGCGAGCAAAAUCGGGAGUAAGAGGAUCUGGAUUGGUGCAGGGAUCAAAAUCUGGAGUGGGAUUGGAUGCAGAAUCUGGACCAGGGAAGGGGGUAAAAACAGGUGCAGGAGGAUCUGGAUCACGGCUAAGAACAAUAUCUGAAGCAGUUUCAAGCAUGGGAACGAAACACGGAGCAAGUGGAUCUGGAUCAUGGCAGAGAGCAAAAUCAGGGCUAGGAGGAUUUGAGUCAGGUCUGGGAACAAAUUCAAGAGAAAGUGGAUCUGGAUUGGGGCAGGGAACAAAAUCUGGAUUGAAUUUGGGGGAAAAAUCUGGGACAGAAGAAUCUGGAGCAGCAUCUGGAUCAGGACUGGAGACAAAAUUAGUAGCAGAAGGAUCCGGAACCGCAACUGGAUCGGGACUGGGAACAAAAUCAGAAACAGAAGGAUCUGGAGCAGCAUCUGGAUCAGGACUGGAGUGCUGCCCAAUGUGUCUGAUGCCGUUUCCUGCAGGGUUCACCCAAAUGCAAUGUGAUGGUCAUCUUGCACAAUGUUUAUCAGAGAUCCAUGAAGACAUUAUUUGGUGAUGACAAGGAAAUUUUGUUAUAUUAAUUUAGAUACUUGUGUUUUCCUUUAUGUUGCAUGUGCUUGCAAAGUAUUACUUUAACAUUUUGAUUACUUUAACCAGAAGACCUGGAAAGAAAUAGUUUACCCAAGGAGGAAGACUUGCUGAAAAUGUACUCACCCUCAGGCCAUCCAAGAUGUAGAUCAGUUUGUUUCUUCAUCAGAACAGAUUUGGAGAAAUUUAGCCAUACACCUAUUGCUCAUCAAUGGCUCUUCUGCAGUGAAUGGGUGCCGUCAGAAUGAGAGUCCAAACUUCUGAUAAAACAUCACAAUAAUCCACAAGUAAUCCACACAAUUCAAGUCCAUUAAUUAAUGUGUUGUAAAGUGAAAAGCUGCAUGUUUGUAAUAAACAAAUCAGUCAUUACAGUCUUUUAACUUUAAACUGUCCCUUCUGGUUCAUAAUCCACAAUAACACUUCCUCCAGUGAAAAGGUCUGUCCCAUGUUGACCUCUCACAUCAAAACCCCACUGACAUACUUAUUUAGAACUGUUUUGGACAGUUUUCUCUUGUGUCAAACUGUGUUUGAUCUGUGCAUAUUUCUCUCCUGAUUCAGAGGAGCUUACUUAUAGGACUCGUAUUUCAGCCUGGUUUGAAAUUAAAUAUGGAUUUGUUUAUUACAAACACGCAACUUGCGGAUUACUCACAUUACUAGUGGAUUUUUGUGAAGUUUUUAUCAGCUGUGUAAACAUUCAUUCUGAUGGCAGCCAUUCACUGAAGAGAAUAGGGAGCAAGUGAUGUAAUGCUAAAUCCUGAAGUUGAGUACAUAUUCAGUAACUUCUCACUUUUGGGUGAACUAUUCCUU